AUGCCUAUUUUCCGGCUGAAGACGGUAUUUCCGCUGCUCGCCCUGAUCUCCAUCGGUGUGUUCUUUUAUUGCAUGGACCGCUACGAUCGAUCCGCCUUCCUUCGAUUCAAGCAUCCCAUCGAACAUGCCAACCUUGGUUCCAGCCAGUCUCAAAUAGACUUAUCGCCGGGUGCGAAAGAUGCCUCAAAUACUUGUGAAGUUGAUCCGAAGCUGGCCGCUCCCCUGCCUUUCUCCGAAUGGCUUCCUCGCAAGAACUACACCCGCACCUACAUGCGCCCCCGUAUGGUCAAACCCGAUGCUGAGUUCCACACUUUGGAGGAAAUUGACAAGCCUGUCCUGCCCCCGUUUGUUGCCAUGGAGCGAGGAAUGGUGGUCUCUCCCGAAAACCGCGAGGAGAGCUUUGUCUGCCCUCACAUCAUUGAUGUCGAUGUCGCAUCUGAUGACGAUGUCGAGGAGACUUCCAAGCUUCUUUUCGGUCUGGCUACCACCGUGGACCGUCUUGAUCGCCUGCUCCCAUCUUUGCUCUACACGUAUGGUAACACCAAGGCUGGUUUGAUUGUGCUGGUCCCUGAGUCGGAUGACGACCUGGAGCGUCAGGAGACUUACUUCCGUAACCGCGGUCUGGACUUGACACUCAAGGCCUCUCCCUUGGACUUCACUGCUCGUUAUUUCGGAAUGGUCGAGGCUUUCUCAGAGCACAUCCGCAUGUACCGCCCUCACACGACUUGGCUUGGAUUUAGUGAUGACGAUACCUUCUUCUUAUCCCUGCCUACCAUCGCAAAGGAGCUGAAACUCUUUGACGAGAAGAAGAAGCACUACAUCGGAUCCCUUUCUGAAGCCAGCUGGCAGGUCGAUACCUUCGGUCACAUCGCCUUCGGAGGUGCUGGCGUCUUCGUCUCCAAGCCGCUGCUAGAUGUCCUGAUGAAUCACUACGACGAGUGCCAGUCUUGGGGUGAGCAACCCGGUGACCAGAAGCUCGGCCAGUGUAUCCAGCGUUUCGGUGACACUCCCCUGACCCUCUGGCCCUCUCUCUACCAGAUGGACAUGACUGAUCCCGUGGACGGUGUUUACGAAUCCGGUCGCAAGAUUGAAUCCAUGCACCACUGGAACAGCUGGUACACCAAGGAUGUUGUUAAGAUGACCACGGUUGCUGCAGCCGCCGGUCGUAAGUCCGUGCUGCGCCGCUGGGUCUUUGACCAAGAGGAGACUGUGAACAACGCGACCGGCGAAACCACUCGCCACUUCUGGGUUUUGACCAACGGAUAUUCCUUGGUCAAGUAUACGUAUGGUCAGAAUACUCCCGAUGAUGCUGUCAACUUUGAUGCUGUGGAGAAGACCUGGCCAGAAGACCCUCUCGGAUACGAGUCGCGAUUGGGUCCUCUGCGCCCUGCCGAGGAAGAAGGUGUGAUCAAGGAUCGCUGGCUGAUGCACGAUGCGUACGUGGUUGGCGAAAAUGUCCACCAGUUCUAUGUUCGUGAGGAAGACGAGGGCCAUAGCGUGAUCGAGAUUGUGUGGCUCGGCCCCAAGGGGGUGGUGGUGCCGGUGUCACUGACCAUCAACUGCGUGGUACUUACCAGCAGCAAUAAACGACUUUCCCUUUGCUCAUAUGGUUACACCCUCGUCCCUUGA